GAGCCCCGCUGCAUCGGCCCCCCCCCGGGUGCCGACGCCUUUACGGCCCGGAGCUCUGAGCUGGAGCUCGCGCCCGCGCUGAGGAAAGCCAGGGUUCUGCGGUGGCCACCCUGAGGGUCGGAACCCAGAGCCUCGACCUGCCCGGACCCUGCGCGUCCUGGGGCGGGCUUGGGGGACGGCACGACCGGAGGAUGUGGUGCAUUGGUCCCAGACGCCACUUAGCUUUCCGGGGCUGGGGCCCCCUUCCAAUGGCUCCCUGUCCUCCCCUCCCUGAGGACCUCAGCCGACAGUAGCAGGGGUUUCAGCCAGGACCCAGAAAACAUGAAAAUCCCUGGACCCCAGCACGGCAUGGGACUCCUUAACUGGGCCUUGCGGAAGCAGUGGUCCCUCCCACCCCACCCCUCCUGACGCCCGAGUGGGGGCCCCGGGAGGCUUGCGUGUGACCGAAGGGCACGUGGCCCUCGCCUGCCCUGCUGCUGUCCCAUCCCCAAUGCGUUCUCCUCCGAGGCCCGGAGGCUCCUUUGAGAUUUACUCCCUUGCCCCCGAAGAACUCGAGUCCUGUCGCGGAGCGCCUGGCUGCCGGCACCAUGAACACCAUCGUCUUCAACAAGCUCGGCGGCGCCGUGCUUUUUGAGGAACGGGGCGCUGCAGAACGGGAGCGGGGCGGCCGGCCCUACGGCGGUGUCCUGGAUGGACCCCACGCCCGCCCCGAAGUGGGCAUUGCCGGCGGCCCGCCCCUCAAGGACAACCUCGGCCUGAGACACCGGAGGACCGGGGCCCGGCAGAGCGGCGGGAAGGUGAGGCACAAGCGGCAGGCCCUGCAAGACAUGGCGCGGCCGCUGAAGCAGUGGCUCUACAAGCACCGCGACAACCCGUACCCCACCAAGACCGAGAAGAUACUCUUGGCCCUCGGCUCGCAGAUGACGCUAGUGCAGGUGUCAAAUUGGUUUGCUAAUGCGAGACGUCGGCUUAAGAACACGGUCCGGCAGCCCGAUUUGAGCUGGGCUUUGAGAAUAAAGUUGUACAACAAAUACGUACAAGGGAAUGCUGAGAGGCUCAGUGUGAGCAGCGACGAUUCCUGUUCCGAAGAUGGAGAAAACCCUCCGAGACCGCACAUGGGUGAAGGGGGCUAUAAUAGUCCAGUGCAUCAUCCUGUGAUCAAAAGUGAGAGUGCAGUCAUCAAAGCCGAGUCUCGGGCCGGCGAGGACUACGUAUCACCCCCCAAAUACAAGAGCAGCUUGCUGAACCGUUACCUUAACGACUCUUUGACGCAUGUCAUGGCCACAGGCACUGCCAUGAUGGGGAAAACAAGGCAAAGAAACCACUCGGGAUCUUUUAGCUCCAAUGAAUUUGAGGAGGAACUGGUGUCUCCCUCGUCGUCAGAAACCGAAGGCAACUUUGUCUAUCGCACAGAUGCCCUGGAAAAUGGAUCCAGUAAGGGCGACAGUGCAGCUCACAGAAAGGGACUGAGCAAGGAUGACACGUACUGGAAGGAGAUCAAUGCGGCCAUGGCCUUAACAAAUCUUGCCCAGGGAAAGGACAAGCUGCAGGGAACCACGAGCUGCAUCAUCCAGAAGUCCUCCCACAUAGCGGAAGUGAAGACAGUCAAAGUGCCCCUGGCGCGGCCGUUCUGAGAGUGCGUCUGAAGGAUGCUCUUCCGCAGCAGUGUUUUCACAGUGCUCCUCAGGGAGUGCAGAGGACUCCUGCUCAAGCCUCCUUGUAUCUUUCAGUAUCCUAAAUAUAUCAUUUAGUCACUUCUACAAAAGACAUAUAAAUUAUAAAAAAAACCCUCAUUUUAAUCAAAAAUAUUAACUUAUUUUAUGUUACUCAAACUAUGCAUAAAACAUCUGCAUUCCCAUUACAGUAAGUGCCUUGCUUCCGGAAAACUAGCUCCAACGUGGGCAUAGUAGGACAGCUAUGCCUCAAAUUGCCAACGCCCUAUGCUUAUUAGUCUGUGUACGUCCCCCAGACCAGCCUAACCAUUUCAGGACUGAAACCAGAGUUGCUGAAAGCCCUUGAAAUAUACUCGGUAAUUCACACCUUAAAACUUGGGUAUCUACUCAGUGCAGAUAAAAAAAUGUCCCUUAAAAAAAAAUUACCUUAUUGAAAAUUGAAAAUUGUUCAGUGUGCUUUUCAGAGUGCUGAGAGAAUUUUAUGCAUUUAUGUAUUUUGCCUGCAUAUCUGAUAUGUUCCCAUCUUCCAAAAAUGAAAGGUGCAGCCAUCCACAAAAUGCAUACAUGGAAGAAGUGAUUCCCACAGACUAAUUGGAAAUUGCAAAGCAUACGUAGUGAUCAGAAAAACUUUUUUUCAAGCGCUGCUGGAAACACCACAAUGCCCUUUAGAAUUCAUUUGGAUUUUCUUUUCCUGAAGUUCUGCUGACAUUUUAAAAAAUACUUUAUUAUAUAAAUAACUGAACAUUCUCCUGUAGAAAACUAAACCUAUAGUUUUAAAACAUAAUCCUGUUUGUAUUAGAGUUUAGUGGGGGUUUUUUUGUGAUGGAAACUUUUUCAUAUGGAAUGACUAAAAGCUUUUUAUUUGGUUCAUUUCAAAAUUACAAUUGCUGAUGGACAAUUUAUAUUGCAAUGAGAACAAGACAAUGAAGGAAAUGUAUCUCUGUGAAUAUACAUACGUACACAUAAAAUUGACUUUUAAAUUUAAAACAUAUGGCAAACAAAACAUUGAGCAGUCUCUGGAUUUGGCCAAGUAGGACAUUUAAGUAAAAAUUAAAUGAAAUCAUGCAUUAAAAGAAAGAACAUUUUGUUUCUAAAUUAGACUAUCAUUGAAUGAGAAUAAUCAAUAUCAAGAGAGAACAGUAUCUUUUUCAAUCAAAUGAUAAUUUCUAAUCACCUUGGAAAGACUUGAAUCUUUAAACAGUGGAGAUGCCAAAUAUAACAGAAUGUAUGUACAUCAGAGAAGUAAAGAAGUACUGCACUCUUACGGUGGGAUUUUUCUUUUUUCUGGGUAUGUAAUCUAUUUUGUAAUUUUUUUAAAACUGGAAAGCAUUUUUUGUGAGUGUGAAUAAGAGCCAAUAGUACAGCCAUAUGGUGACAUUUUUCUUUAUUUUGCAAAAUGCUUUUAAAACCAAAGGCUGCUCUGGUUAAAAUAUGGACUGUAUCAAUCUUGAUAUAAAUUGUAGGACACUUUUUCAUGUAAGAUAGCAUUUGGGGAUUGGGUUUAUUUAGUGUAAUGAAGAUGAUUUGAUAUGAAAAUAUUUUGUGUAUAUUUUUACUUUGUUUUCUAAUUUGCAUUUUGCAGAAAUAGUAAGUGCAAAGCAAGAUAUGUAAGUUAUGACUGUAUGAUCAGAGGAAGUAUGAGUUCCUUUGCUUUACAACUUUCGUAUAGAUCCAAGAGGAAAACUUUGGAAUCAUUAGAAAACUAUUUUGCCAAAAUGUGAGCAUGCCAAUUAAAACUAAGGACAAAUGCUUCACUCUUUUUUCAUACUAUUAUAAGUUAUUAUGGUAUUAAAUAUUUUAAUAAAAGUGUUUUUGUUUUUAACAUAUUUCGCUUAGGUAAAUGAAUGCUGGUUGUAUUUUAUUUGAAUUAGGCAUGAUUGAUUUUUGCCAUUUAAAAAAAAAUCACCAAACUUGUUCUGUGUAUAAACCAUAGCUGACAAGCCAUUAGAGGACAGCUAUUUAGAUGAUUUCUUUAAAGCACCAAAACUUGGAGCCUGUCCUGGAAACACGUUGAGAAGAUUUUAUAAUUAGCACAUCCUUGGCAACAUCUCCAAUUAUAAUUACUUUUAAUUUAUUUUUUUCUUUUGCUGCUUUAAUAUUUUCUGGAAAGUAAAGUCCCCCCAGUCCUUUAAAAGAAUCUUGAACAAUGAUGAGCCAGCAGCUGAGAAUCUAACUCAUAAUUUAUAUUGUAGAAAAAUAGAAUUACCUCUUCUUUAUUUUGCUGUAUUGUAAUCAUUUUAAUAAAAUGGAUAACUGCCAGGAUUUCUUGACGGAUCUAAAAUAAAAAUUAAUUUCUAGACCUCAAUAAU